UAGCAUUCGGUCGGUGGAGCUCCGUGUAUUUCGCGUAGAAUGGGUUACCGUAAUUACUUUCGAAAGUUUAGUAAUCGUGUAAAAUUGCCUUGCUGAGACGACGAACAAAACGACUGUGCGUUUAGUGUGAUUAUUUUGUGUAAAUUCGCUCUCAUUUAGACCAUCACGAGUUUGUGUACUUCACUCCCUUCGCAGAAGCAGUAAAUCAAGGAAGAAAAAAAAAUAAAGCCUAAGGAGCAGAGCAGACAGUGAAAAUGGAGACCACGAAAAACAAUUCCAAGAUAGAUACGCUUAAAAGCGAAGGAACCAUCGGUAGUAAUCCCGCUGUCUGCCAGCCGUCGUCGAAGACGUCCGGCGGAGGAAGUCGGCUGCGGCGAGCUUUUUCGAUGUCCCGCAACCCGUUUCAAGCCGUCGUGUCCCGACAGCAGAAGCCAGUGGAAAAAUCCGGAACUGGCACAACAACAACAGCAUCGACGAACGCAAGUGUCGUGACCUCGGAACAGAAUUCCAUUAACAGCGGUGGUGGAAUCGCAGCAGGUGAAGACGGAAAUGGCAAUGAGCGCAAGCUGCUCGGAAGUUCCGAUGCCAAGAAUGGUUCCGAGAGAAAAAUCUUCAGGCGUUUAUCGGUGAAAAAGUUUAUCAAUCGCAUUGCACAACAAAUGACAUAUGUCAAUCUAGCUGGCAAUCAAAAGGGGAAUCGCGUUCCAGCUGCCCCGCCCGCGAACGGAUUCAUCUGGCCACCGGAUACGGUUCCCGGGGUAAUUGGGCUGCGCAAUCACGGCAACACCUGCUUCAUGAAUGCCGUUCUGCAGUGUCUCAGCCACACCGACAUACUGGCGGAAUAUUUCGUUUUGGAUCAAUACAAGGUGGAUUUGAAACGGCGCAACAAGAUCAAUGCCAAAAAGUUCGGAACAAAGGGUGAAUUAACCGAGCAGCUAGCGCUGGUGCUUAAAUCGCUGUGGAUGUGUAAGGACGCCCCGGAGUACAGUUCGAGUUUUAAGGCCGUAGUUGACCGGUACGGUAGUCAAUUCCGGAGCUCCACGCAGCAUGACGCGCAGGAGUUCCUAUUCUGGUUGCUGGAUAAGGUGCACGAAGAUCUCAACACGGCUAGCAAACGAAAGUAUAAGGCGAUAAAGAACAAUUACGGCCGCUCGGACGAGGUGAUCGCCGCCGAAACGCUAGCCAACCACAUCCGCUGUAACAACUCGUUCGUGCAGGCCGUUUUUCAGGCCCAGUUCCGCUCGUCGCUUACCUGCCCGCGGUGUCACAAGCAGAGCAACACGUUCGAUCCGUUUCACUGCAUCUCGGUUCAGCUGCCGCAGCUUACAGUGCAGCCGGUAUUCGUGCGGGUGAUUUAUGCCUCCCAGCAGCCCAAGCAGGUGCAGCUCGGAUUGGGUGUUCCGCACGGUUCUCCGGUGGUGGUACUGCGCGAGCAGUUGCACGCCGAUACGGGCAUCGCGACCGAUCGAAUGAUUUUGACCGAAAUGUGUGAAACUGGUUUUACCCGGGUGUACUGUGAUUCUCAUUUGGCCUCAUCGAUGGGAGACGACGGGUCGGUGUACUGCGUGGAGAGCCCACCGACGGCGGAAGGUCUAACGCAGAUAGUGCUGUGCAUAAGCAAUGCGAGAAGGGACGCUAUCAGCGGGGAGGUUCGACGGUUUGGAACUCCCUUUUGUAUAGUGGUUAAUCGGGAUGUGUCCUUCGUGGAGUUGCAAAAGGUGCUGCUGAAGGAGAUGUCCGGCAUCCUGAAGCCGGAAGUGUAUGCUUACAGUACACCGUUGCAGGAGAUGUUUCGGAUGCGGUUGCAGGAUCCUUCCUGUGAUGCGGAUGCCUUUCUGGAGGCUACGGUUGAACAUCCGCUUUUUACUGAGAUGAUUGAUUUGGCACUGUCGGUGCUGCCGACGGAUGCCGGACCGGCGCAUGUGAAAAUCUUGAUUGAGUGGGUCAAUCCGGAACGGUUCUUUAGUGAUAUGACUGAUCCGUUUGUUGAGCAUGAAAGUGUCAGUCAAAUGAAGGAGAAAAUUCCGGCUAGUUCCUCGCUGACGCUGGAACAGUGCCUGGAGCAUUACACCAAAGCGGAAACGCUCAGUGCCGAGGAUGCCUGGAGAUGUCCUCACUGUCAGAAGUACCUUCCGGUGGUGAAAACUCUUGGCCUGUGGUCACUUCCGGAUAUUUUGGUGAUCCAUUUUAAACGUUUUCGACAGCAACAAUUGCGAGGGCCGCAGGCAGCUAAAUUGACUACGCUCGUGAAGUUUCCUUUGAAUGGCUUUGAUAUGACUCCUCAUUUGGCGCGUGAUCCGAGCACGGAAAGCUCUGCCACUAGCAUCGAAGACAACUGGAGUCCCUGGCGAAAGACAACGAAACGCCAAUCGACACAUUCCUCCCACCAACCGAAUUUCCCCCUGCAAACGAUGGAUAAUCGGUACGAUCUGUAUGCUGUGUGCUACCACCAGGGGGACACCCUGGAAACCGGCCAUUACACUGCGGCCUGUAAAAACCCGUACGACCAUCAGUGGUACAAGUUUGACGAUCAGCGCGUUAGCCAGGUUCCAAGCGAACGCGUUCAGGAAGAGAUUGUCAACAACGAAGCCUAUAUUCUAUUCUACCAAAGACGCAAGAUUGAUGGUUCGGAGUGUUCCGGUACCAGCUCUAGUUCGGGGGCCGAUCAUUGGGUUUCAAGGAUCACAUCCGCACCUUCGCUGGGCAUACCGGCGGCCGAAUCGAAAACAAAAGAAGAGAUAUCAAAACCAUCCGCUGUUCCUGUUCCCGUUUCGGUCCCUUCUGCUGCCAAUGCAGUGGCAGCCGUCGUUCCAAAGAUAGCGGAAAUCGAAGAGACAACCAUUUUACAUUCCGAGAGUGAAAGCGAGGUUAGUGAAGCAUUUGAGUCGUCUCGUAAAGAGGACACGAGCAAAGCUGUUAAAGCAGAGGUCAGUAAAGUAGAAGCUAAAAUCCAAACUGUAAUUCAAGCCGAGGUGGAAGUUCAAAACUUUCCCGCCUCACCGGCGAAAUCGAAUUCGGACGAGACGUUACCAAGUCCCACGGAAGUAGCAGUAACUCAAUCCACAGCUGCAGUUCAACAAUGCGAAGAAAGUCCAUCAUCGAACAUCGACAGUUCUAAAAUGACGCCUAAGGAGGAGCCGUCCUCCCCUGAGCUAGGAGAAAUCUCGGAUCCAGUCGGCGUUGAACCUACCUACUCCAGUGAUGCCGCCACCACCAAGUCACCCGAUUCCAGCAGCCGUUUUUCGUUACCAACGCCCCACUCCCACUCACAUUUCCAGGAUUUAUUAUGGCGGGACAAUGCCACUGUGUCCGAAUUCAUCAACAGUCAUCAUCAUCACCAUCAUCAUCACCACCACCAUCACCAUCAGCACCAUCUCCAUCAUCGACCUUCAUCGUACACCUACAAAUCCUACGAAUCGGACGCGGUUUCGAUGAUUCGUGGAGCAAACACCUGCAGCAAGGAUACGCUCCUCUUCAUAGAUCAACAGUCGCACGCUGCCGGUCUCGAUCGAAUUGUGCUGGACGAUGAUGACGAAGCGGAUGAUUUGAUCGGUAGCAACCGGGCCCUCUGGAUAUCACCCGUAACUCCACAUAAGCUGAUAACGGUCUCACCGAAGAACUAAUCGCUCUGCUUUCUGGCUUGAUUUCGAAAAUCUGCCGCCAGCCAGCCAGCCUCCAGAAUCCACCAAAAACAAUGUUAAACCCGUAGCAAGAAAAGGUUUUUAAAAACGUGAAAUACACCUACCCUACCAAUACCCAAUACAAAUAUAGGUACAUUAUGCCCCGUUUACCCUACAGUGUGUAGCACACCCCAGAGUGCGGCGUGUGUGUAAGCGCGCCCUAUUUGUUUUCUAGUUUUUUUUGUCCUUUAUCUUUAUGUCGAACACAAUUUGUUGAAUGUUUAUUUUUUAUCAUUAAUCGUUUUUAUGUUACUAUUUUGUUUAUCUGUAUGAAUACCACCAACCUACGAUUAUUAUUAUUAUUAUUAUUGCGAGUAUAAUUCCUCUAUUAUUAAUAUUAUUAUGGUUAUAUUAUUUAUUAGUGUGCAGUAGUUGAAACGGGCCGCUCAAAAGUGCAAAAGUUUCGGUCCUAAGAAAAGCAUACGAAGACAUUAAGGUACGUAGCUGACGCGAGUAUUUAUUUGUUCCUUUGGUUAAAUUUUGAGUUUUCCUAUGUACAACCGAGGAAGGCGGUGUAUGUUUUUUGACCAGUUAACAACACUUUUCUCCUGUUCCCCCGUCGUUGACAGAAGUUUCCCACAGUCAUAUUUCGAGUACUUUUGAUCGUGUUUUAAAAAAAAUUUCCCCCCAUUUAUAACCCUCUUUCUAAGCGGAAAAAGAAAAAAUUUGAUAACAUUUCUGAGAGCAAUUAUCUAUUGAGAGGUUAAAUUAUGAUUAGGUUAUAAGCUAUAAACUGCGAUCUUGCGUGUAGAAAGAAAAAAGUUGCUGAACAUUUCAAGCACUGAUUGAUGAUUACCUAUUAUAGGAGUAGGAUGCGUUAAGACAAAACCAGACAACAAGAAAAAAGCCGAGAAAAAAUUGAAAAAAAAACAACAACACCUAGAGUAGUAGUAUUUAGUGCGCGUGAUAAAGUCAGAUACGAGAUUUAAGCGUAGAUAUUCGAGAAGUAAAUUGAAAGAAAAACAGAGGGAAAACAUUGAAAAACAUUAAGCAUGCAGCAACAAGUACAAUUUAAUGUUAGUUAUUUGAUUGUGUAAAAAGAAAAUAAAGUAUAAAUUCCUAGAGCAAAAUUGUGAGGGUUUUCUUGAAAUAGGUGAACGCCU